AUGUCGAAAGUCGUGCGCAGUGUGAAAAAUGUCACCAAGGGUUACUCUGCAGUUCAGGUGAAAGUCCGAAAUGCGACGAGUAAUGACCAUUGGGGCCCCACGGGGACCGAUAUGGCAGAGAUUGCCUCUCUCACAUUUGGCAGCCCAUCAGACUUCUACGAGAUUAUGGACAUGUUAGACAAGCGGCUGAACGAUAAAGGAAAGAAUUGGCGCCACGUUCUCAAAUCAUUGAAGGUUCUCGACUACUGUCUUCAUGAGGGGUCUGAACUUGUUGUCACUUGGGCGCGGAAGAACGUUUACAUCAUCAAGACAUUACGCGAGUUCCAAUAUGUUGAUGAAGAUAGCAGAGAUGUCGGUCAGGAUGUUCGCGUUGCUGCGAAAGAGCUUACCGCGCUUAUUUUGGAUGAAGAUCGACUACGCAGUGAGCGAUCCGACCGCAAGCUCUGGAAAUCUCGGGUCAACGGUCUUGAUGAAUAUCAAGGGCACGGAAAUGGAGUGCCACCACGCCGAGCAGAGCGACGGGAUCGUCGACGCCAGGGUAACGAUGAAGAUGACACAGAGUACCGUCUGGCAAUCGAGGCCAGCAAGCAUGAAGCGGAGGAGGAGCGCCGACGACGAGCCCGGCAGCAGGCCAAUGGAGAGGACGAUGACGAAGAUCUGGCCAAAGCAAUCAAAUUGAGCAAGGAGGAGGAGGAACUUCGCCGGCGUGAGUUGGAGGAAAGCAAUGCCCAGUCCCUCUUACUGGAUGACAGUACGCCUACUCAGCCCCAACCCACCGGCUACAAUCAGGGAUACCAGCAGCAGGGUGCGGUUGACUGGUCUGGCAACCCAAUAAACCCCCAGCAGCCUCUCACGACAGGGUUCCUGAACAACCAAUACGCGACCCCGACUGGGUUCCAAGGACAACUCACUGGAAUGAACGGAUAUUCCAACGGCUUCCAGCAGCAGCCCACGGGCUACAACCAGAAUCCAUACGCUCAGAACAACUUCUUGCAGCCUCAGGCGACACUUCAACCACAACAGACGGGCUUCAGCACUAACAACCCGUAUGGAGGAACAGACGCAUUCUUCCAGCAGCAACCGCAACUGCAACCGCAACAGCAGCAGCAGGAUCAUUUGUUACAAGCGGGCACGAACAAUCCUUGGGCCAGCAACCAGCAGGAUACGCUAAAGCCUCUCCCUACCGGCUCCAACAACCCAUUCGCCGCCCGAACACAGCAGCAACAGUUCCAGGCUCCCAGACCCACGACGUCGGGAGGUCCGUCUCUGAACACCCUGGCGGAAGAGCAAGCAACAAACCAAUUUUCGAACCAGUUCUCCAACCAGUUUUCGUCCCCGAUCAACCCAAUUGCCAACUACCAAGCACCUCAACAGCCACAAUCCUUGGCACCACCCAAACCCAACCCUCAGAUGGAUCCUCAUGCUGCACGUCUCAACGCGCUCUUGGCAACCGGAGAAGGUAUGGAUACCUUCGGAAACACCGGCGACCUGCGUAUUCCCGCGCAGCACACUGCACCUGGCACUUUUGUGAACUCUGCCGGUCAAGGCUUGGACCGAUUACGGGCUACACGAACCGGAAACAACCCGUUCUUCGGUCAGCCCCAGCAGCAAUUUGUUCCGCAGCAAACCGGCUACGUGCAGCAGCCGAGCAACCCCUGGGGUGGGCAGCAGUCGUACCAGCAGCCACAACAAGGUGGCAGCCUGAUUGAUCUGUAG